GUAGGAGCAGAGGACUCCGGACUCAUCUAAGCUGCCUCUCACAGAAGUCUGAUUCACUAAGUGAUUUCUCAGCUUUGCAAUGUGAUGGUAAACAGAGCCAGGCUUUGAAGUAAGUAAACCUUGGUCACUUAUGAGUCAUGAUUUCUGCCAUUAUUAUUGUAUAGGGUCCAGAACACAGAUACACUAAUAUUAGUUCCCCAUCUGUUCUAGGUUUUAUCCCUCUCUAGUUUUAUACAUCAAAAUUGGAAUUACUUUUUAUAAAUAAACCCAACAACAUUAUCAGAAGUGUAUUAAUGCAUCAGUUGGCUCAUUGAUACUAAAACAUACAUCUAUAGCAUAUUGUACUUUUAAAGGAAAUCGGUUGCUGGAGCACACAAUUGCUAGUAUGUAGGUUGUGCUGUACUAAUAGCCUUUAGUUAGAACGCUCACAGUGGGUUUCCUUUGAUUUUAUUUAAUAUAACAUAACUCUUCCCUUACUACUGCACUGAUUCUUUAAUGAAAAGAUGUCCUAGUUAGGGCUAGUUUCAAAUGCUGUUGGUAACUAUUAUUGACAAUGUCUUUCUAGCUACAGUAGCUCUCUGUAACAAUAUUCAUUGGCAGUUGUUUCCAAACUGGAAAAUCACCAAAUCUUAUUUGGAUCCUAUAUCAGGGCCCAGCCCUAGGGCUAUGAAAUGUCCAGAAAAAGAGACCAAACUAAAUAAAAAUUAAACGAACCCUGCGCUUCCACUAGUCUUGGCUGACAGCUAUGCAUAUUGUAUUCAUGAGCCCAAAUAUUUAAACAAAGUUAACGAGGAUAAAACUGCUUAAAUUGCCAUUAAAGUGUAAGAACACCUUCAGCAUCAACACAAGUGUCUUCAGUGAGGUUCUACACUAGCAAUUCAUAUUGCUGUUCUAAUGGCUAUUGUAUUGGUGCUAACAACCUCUGUUUUAAUGUACUGCUCUGGUUUCCGAGGAGAAGGAGGGUACAUUGCCAGACUGCACAGUCUUCAUUCCUGCUAACCCUUGGUAUGUGCCUGCAGUUUAGACAGGCAGGGGCAGUUGUAAUAGGGCAUCAUACCACAGCACCCAUUGUCCAUCUUAAUGUUUUAAUGUAGUGCCAUCCACACAGCCCAAACGUAGGUAUCUGGAAGCAUGGCAGCCAUUUUGUCCAGCAGCCAGAGUUGUAAAUGUGAGAGACAGUCUGUUGUUCCUGUCACACCCAUAGGGACACCAGAAGUGCCAGGGUCUGGUACCCCACUUGCCCUGCCCAAAGGGCAAGCCUGUAAAUUACUAAGAACGAAAAGGGUACUAAUUAUUUUUUUGGCAUCCUUAUUUUGCACUUCAUUAUUUCAUGAGUCCUUUCAUAUUCUGUACUUGGUGAGUGAAACCAUUGUCUUUCUUACUAUAUUUAUUGAUAUUAUUUACACGGGCUAAACUAAAAAAGACAGCUAAAAACAAUCAGUGCGCACCAGAUUGGAGAGUAAUUUAUGUAUGAAUCUGUUCUUUUACCACCUUUUUAAUAUGCUACAUUUUUAUAUACACAAAUGGUGCAAACAAAAUAGUGGGCUUUUAUUUUUUUUUAUUUUUUUUUAUGCUCUACUUACUUCUACUUACUUCUCACGUUAGGUAACCAUUCAAAUAUGGUGCCAAAUAGGAGACCUGCCAUUGAAUAAAUACAAAGGUCUCCUGUUCUUCUGCGAUACACCAAAUUAUGCACACGUAAAUCACGUAUCAUCGCCUGAUGAGAGUAAACAAUGAAACUUGGAGACCUAUUGCUUUUUCAGUUUAAUAAAGCUCUUUCUUAGUAAAGGUCUUUUUCUUCUCAACAACUUAAUAAACUUAAUAAAGAUGUUCAAGAGCAGCCGAACGGCGGGAGGAGGGGGGUGGGGGGAGCACUUCAACUCUGUAUAUCCAUAAACAAUUUCCUGUGCACUCAAAUUAGUGACUUUAUUGAAGCAAAGUUUCAGCUCUGCUACUGUAUCAUAUGAAUAAGUAAAUUAUUUUUAUUUUAUGAGAGGGGUGUUUUUGUAUUCAGUGCUGCCCUAGGAAUAGUCAUUUCCUUUUAGGCCACCGGAUGUGGUGCAAUAAGAAACAUCUAUAUAGGACUUUCAUUCCGUCCUUUUCUGGGUUUUUUUUGGAUUGCACAUACUGGUUUGAGUACAGGGCUACACUAAAUGAUGUUAAGUAUCCUGUUAGUGAGUCAAGCUGUUUUAUUAAAAUUUUUAUUAUUAUCAAUGUGAUUAGGCAUCCGAUUUGAAGCUGUUUCUCUCUCCUCUCAGAGCCUGACACUGCCUUGUAUUAAAUAUUGAAAGUAAAUUAUUAUUUUAAUUGUAUGUUAUUGCCUGCCCUAUAACUAUGUAUGGUAUAACUUGUUUUGUUUGCUUGAUAAAGGCUCAAUAGCAGAGUUGAAACAUUUCUCCCCUAUUUAACUUGGAGUGCACAAUAAUCUGUUUGUUGUUUGGUGUUUAGUGGUGUUUAGUGAAUAAACCUGUGUAUACACCACAUGGAUUGUGUAAAGACUGUAAUAGUGGAAGGAAGUAAUAUAGCUUCUUGGUGUUACUGUGCUUACUGUAUGUGAGCAUUAUGACUACAAAACCAUAAUUUAUAUAGUAUAAGGAAGACAAUAUAAUAUGUAAAACUAGCAUUAUUACUCAAUACUUUGCUAAAAAGAUGAAUUAUUAGAUAAAACAAAAUUGGAUACAUCUAGAUAUUUAUACAUGACAUGCUAUGCUAAAAAGUAUUUAGCAACAUCAAAAUUUAGUAGUUAAAGGGUCAAUACUGUGAAUAUUCAAGAAAGUUGAAAAUAUUAUACAGAUUUAACUGGAAACCUUGAAAGCCAUUGAUGUAAAAUUGGAUUGUAUUGUUAUUUUAAUACGUUAUAACAGGGUGAUUAACCAUGGAAGUAAAAGCACUGCUUCCGUAAUCAAACAUAUUUCUUUUACUUCUAUGUGUGGGCUACAGCAACUACCUUGUCAAAUGAGAGGGUGAUUCACUUACGAGAACUGAACUCGUACAUAAUAUUUAUUGUUGACACAGUCACACUUAGUAGUGCUUAAUGACAUUUAUUGCUAAACAAAAAGAAAAAAAAAUAUGUUUUCAUACAUAAUACUCAUAUAUAAUGCUUUUCCACUUUUUGUUACUUUUGGGGUUUUUUUCCCCUGCUUUCUUAUAAAAUAUUUUUUUGCUUAUAAAUUUUACAUAAAUGAUAUAGUUUUUACAUUUUAUAUUUUUUAUCCAAAAAUAUAAAAUCAUUUCAAAAACGUAUCCAAAAAUAAUACAUCAAGGCCUUUAAUAGUGUACCUUAUUGAUCUUGAAGGGAUGAAAGGUGGAUCUCCUUCAGCCAGGAAUAGACCCUGAAACCUAGAGGUUUGAGCAGGCUCUGUGUUUGUUUCAAACAAAUCAUUUUUAUAUUCAUUUGCUUAGAUAAAGUGCCACAGAUACUACAAUUUGCAUAUUGUCAAAUAUCCCAUUAAAAUGUGCUUGGACCAGUUAAAAUGUUUGGUACCAUUUUAUUGAUGUUGUUAAAUAAGUACUUUUAAAACAAUGUUUCCACACUUAUGUAUUAAUUUGCAAGUUGAGUAAAUGUUUUUGUACCAAGUCUGGCCACAUAAAUAAUAGUCAUCUGCAUUCAAAGUGAAAUUGCAGAAUUGUGGUAUUUGUUUAUUACAGAAUAGUAUGGUUUAGACAAGAGAAUACUCUUGGAUCUAUGUAUUAAGGUCUGAAUGGACCCAAGCCAUAUGAGGCAAAGUCAUGUGGUUACGGUCAAGCUGGCUGAAAUUUGGACACAAUUCUGAAUGCAGCCAGACAGGUGAAAUCCAGACAUAGAUGCUUAAAAUGUGGGGUUUGACGAAAGGAGCAAAUAAAGCCAGCAGGCAUAUUGUUAAGCAAUUGCUAACCGGUCACCAUAUUAAUAAGUAAAAAAAGAAUAAAAAAUAAAAAAAACACAUUAUUAUUAUUUUAUUAUUUAUAAAGCGCCAUCAGAUCCCAUAGCGCUGUACAAUGGGUGGACUAACAGACAUGUAAUUGUAACCAGACAACUGGAUGUACAGGAACAGAGAGGUGGAUGGCCCUGCUCAAUGAGCUUACAUGCUAGAGGGAGUGGGGUAUAGUGACACAAAAAGUAAAAGUAGGGGUACAAAGUAGGUUGCUAGAAAAGAAUUCAUUGAGGGCUUAGUAGGUAAUAUUUGACAGUUGCAGGAGAGGAGUCAUGGGGGGUGGGGGAUAAAAACCUGCUUACAGUUUAAUUGAUAUGCUUUCUUGAAGAAGUGAGUUUUCAAUGAUUUUUUGAAUGAGUGGAGACUGGGUGAAAGUCUUACGGAGAAGGGAAGGGAGUUCCACAGAAGAGGUGAGCGUUAGAGGGGGGAGUACAGACAGAGGAUAGAUGUAGGUCUUUGGCAGAGCAUAGAGGCCUCGACGGGACAAACUUGUGUAUUAGGGAGGAUAGGUAGGUUGGAGCAGCAUUAUGCAAAUUAUUAUAAAAAAUAAAGCCAAUGAGGCUUAAUAUAACCCUAAUGUUACUCCUAACACCUAACACUCCACCUAUGUUAUUUCAUGAUAAUGUGGGAAAAUUUUAUUUCCUAGCUCGAUUCCCUGCAUAGAGAAUAUUACUGAUAUUUUCUAAAUAGCUGCUAGCGUCUAGGUGUGAGACUACAAUGUAUCAUUCAUGAUGUCUGGUGAAAUAUAAUUUUAAUAUGUUAUACCAAUGCUAUUGCAUCCUGAUAUUAAUAUGUUAACAUGUUACUCAUCUUUAUCACAGAAGACUGACUGCAGAAGAAGCCAGGAGAUGGGCACGAUCAUUUGACCUGCUUUUAUCUCAUAAAUGUAAGUUGAUAUUGGGAACACACUUUAAAACAUAAUUUUCAUAUUUCCUUUUUUCAACUUGUUUUUGUUUUCUAUCAUGUUAACAAACAUAAGCUCCAUUAGUGUAUAUGGUUUUGUCAAUGGCCAAACAAAGUGUAUACAAAAUCAACAAAACUGUGUCAGCUGAAUGAUUAUCAGACAUUUUGAACCAUUCAUAUUACAAUAAAAAUUGCCACACUUUAAGCAAAUUACUUUAAAUUUCAUUUAAAAAAACCAAGGAAAAGGGAAAAAAUCCAUAUUGAUUUAAUCUUUAAAGUUUGCCCAAGGAGAUAGGAAUUUUGGGAAAUGUAUUUCCAUUAAAUGCCCUGACUGUGCCUAUCUAAAAGUCAAGUGUGCUGUCAAAGUGAAAUUAUACUAAUCUAAAAAUAUACUUUAGCAAAAGAGAAAAUAUAAAGAUAAGAGAAAAUAUAAAGAUAACAAACAAUAUAUAAAAAAUCAAUAAGAAUUUUCAGUUUGCUCCAUUCUCAAAUGUAACAAGUCUGCUUUAACACUGUAGUCAGGGCUAGACUAAGGACAGGUGAGGCUAUUAUUAAAUAGUAAUAUUAAACACUGUAGGUACUAUAGCCAAUUCAACGUAUUGAAGUGGAUAUGGCUUAUCACUGACCCGUCUGACCGUUAUCUCUGGUAUGAGGCAGAGCAUAACUCCCCCUGCUCCAUUUCAACAUUAGGGCCAGGCUGCAUCUUUCAAGAACUGAGCACAUUUGCUAAAUUGUGAGUAAAGAGUUUGACAUUAGUGCAGGAUCCAAUGUCCAGUCCAGACACAAGUUGUUAUAGUGCCUACAAUGUCUCUUUAAGUUUAUUUAGAUAUUAGUGUUUGUCACGAACAUGGGCUAUUGGCCCAGUCUAGACAGUGGGGAGAGUGUGGAAGUGAAAAGGUUAAUGACACUAGUUCCCUGGUUACCUGUUGCUAGUCCCAUCAACCACUAAAUUAACCCCUGCACCUUCUACACUAACACUCUAGUACACACUUUACUGCCACCACCAGGACUUUAUAUCCGGGUGUCUUAGGUUACCCCCACACAUUAUAAUUAUAGUUUCACAACCUUACUUUACUGAUCAGACCUAUAUAGUUAUCCCUUUUGGUAAUGUGUUUACCUGAGCUUUCCUCGGAAGAGUGAGCUCGUAGAGAACAAAGACACCAGCUGAUUAAGUACACAUUUAAUCUGACAAAAAGGAUUCACAGUGCUGUGUACAAAAAUACUGAAAUAAAUUACAUACAGAAACACCGAUAACAAAUUCAAUGUAGUCCAUAAAAUAGGAGAAAACACAAGAAAUCCUUACAUAUAUUUACCCCUUAUAUGUAAUUAUUGUGGAAGAUUCAGAUGUUAAAGGUCUCCAAGUAGUUGUUGAAAAAAGAAAUCUCCCCCUGGAUAGUCCAACAUCCUCAAUAUAUAACUUAAACUCGUUUUUUCUAAGUGGCCAGACCCCUGGGUGGAUCAGAGGGGUUUGGCCUGGCAGUUUAUUGGCCACUCCAUAUUUUCUUAAAUGAUGUUGUCCUUUGAAGAACCCCAAGUCAGAGGAUAUGCACCAAUACCUUUCACGAUGCCCUAUGUCCAGCUCUGGUAAUGGUUAUCUAGUAGUUUUAUGGCUUAGGCCUGGUGUAAGAUCAAAGCCUCCAAUAAAUGUUACCCCAACAUUUACAAAAAUAUAUUAUUAUAACAUAUAUCAAAUGCCAACUCAUGUUUUGGCAUGACAGUGUUAAGGACCUUCGCACCCUUUCUUGGUCCAGUUUUAACUGCAGCUCAAACCAAGUGGCGCUUCCAGUAUCUUGAGACCUUGGUACAGCUGUCCUUUUAACGAUAUGUGAAUAGACACUCCUUCGAAAAUUCAAACUUACAUAAAUUACCUUACUUCCACAGACUCUAAAUUUAGCGGAGAACCACAAGAAUCACUAUUUCAAGUUAAAUUUAAUUGUGCCUAGUGACUAACUAUUGAUAUCAAAAAGUGUCAUUGUGGAUGCUAUAAUUUUAUUUAUCCUUCAUUGUUGAAACAUUUCUGCCCCUAAACUGUUCUGUACUAUGGCUAGUUGAAGACUGUGGGAGCCUCAGGACACAAUAAACCCCAAAGGCUGCCUAGCCAUGUGAGAUGUUUUUGAGUGAGUCAAACUGACUCACUGGGCUGUGAUUCAUAGUUCUCCCAGAGCAGUGAUUAGCGCAGUGUUCCCCAGGUAAAAACUCAAAGUUCUGAUGGAAAUGUAAGAUGAUUGUCCCUUUCUCCUCUGAUCUACCAACAUGAUUGCAUGUCACAGGGAGACAUUUCUGUAUAUUGUCCACAUUACUUUGACUUUCACCGAGAAAUGUGUCACGCUUUCUCUACCACUCUAACAAAAUCAAGUUUUUGGAUAUGUUAAUGUGAGUCCCAAUUUACAGAUGUGUCAACUCAUGUUACAUAUAUAACAUUGUAAAUAAUGCAUUGUUAUUGGUGUUUUGAUUUAAACACGUUGAAGAUGCAGUCUUUUUUACAACCGAAAAAUAUGCAAAAAACAUAAUCUCUCCAAAUGCAAAAUUCAGCACUUAAUUAGAAGAGACUUCCUGCAGGUCCGUGACUGGAAGUAACUUUUCUUUCACACUGGAAAACUUGGCUGAUGACUUGACAUUUUGGAUUGUGACAACAUGAAUUGAGUCAUUAGCAAAUUUCACUUAUUGGAUUCCUUCCAUUGUAUCCAUGGUCUGCAUUCUCAUUCUCUGAGAAAGCUUUGUUUUUUUCCAAGGUAACAGAUGAUGCUGUCUGGUAGAUGAUGGGUUUGUACUGGAAACUUAAAUAAUAAAAAAAAUGUAACUAUUGUUUCUUCAUUGAGAACAAUUGGUCAUACUUGAUAUAAAAAUUGUCUUUUGGACAUAUUUAAAAAUAUACAAUAUUCCACAGAUGGUCGGUCUGCAUUUCGAUCCUUUCUGCAGACAGAAUUCAGUGAGGAGAACCUGGAGUUCUGGGUGGCUUGCGAAGACUACAGGAAGACCCGUUCUGUCAACAAACUGCCUGCCAAAGCUCGCCGAAUUUUCCAGGAAUACAUUGAUGUUCAGGCUCCCAGAGAAGUAAGAUGAUAUGAUAUUCUCUCUUUAAGGCGAUUUUGAGAGAUCAAGCUAGGCAUCACCAGUGUGACAGCAUGUUUAUCAAUGACAAAACUUUAAACACAGGGUAUAAUCUGUUUCUGUAAGAAAGGGAGAUAAGCAGGAGUGUUUACUAAUGAUAUACAUUUGUUAAAAUUAAAUCUAGAUUCAAUCAGUUCUACACACAUUGAGGAAUAAUUAUCUUCCCAUACUUAUAUGUCGCUUUUUAAAGAGGUCUCAACUCUUGGACUUGCCAAGUCAGCAGCUGGUAUGACGAUGUAACCAUUACCCAACUCAUUAGUUCUCAUUCUAUCAACCUCGGAAGAAAGGAAUAAAGACUCAGAUGAACUGGUCAGGGAUAGGGCCUGCAACUUUGAUGUUUUGUCCUGUCCUGUAGGUUGUGCACUAAUUGACUGACAUAUUUCACCUAUUAUAAGGUAUUUUCACUUACAAACAGUAUGAUAACAUGUUUAUAUUACAAAUAUUAUUUAUUACUCUAGACUUCAUUAAAAUGCAAUUGUACAUAGACAGUGCCAUUCUAAAAAUAUCAGGCCGGAUUAUUUAAACUAUAAAAACAAAUCCUUUAUAUUUUAAAAUAUAUCAAUUAAGUGAUAGAUAUUUCAUUCAUAUUUAUAUAGUAAUAUAUUUGCUUGCAAAUGUGAAAUGCUCUUAAUUUGCCACAAUUUUUACUAUCCACAGAUUUCACUGUAAACAAUAGGCUUUCAGAUGUUUUAGUAGUCACAGAUAUCUGUGCCAUCAUAGAAUGUAAAUUAGCCACGCGACCACUGGGAAUGUCUUCGAAAGAAAGAUGAUGAAAAUUUUCUGUGCAAUCUUUGAAUACACAUAUGAAGACUGAUUACUAUUACUUAUACAGUGCCAACAUAUUUUGCUGCACUGUACAAUAGGCAAAAUAAACAAACAUAAUCCUUCUAACAAAGUACAACCCACAUUUGGAACAAUAGGAGAGAAGGGUCCUUCCCAAAUGAGCUUACAAUCUAAAAGACCACUUGAGAUAAUGGCAAAAUAGCAUUUUCAUGAGUAGAUGUUCUUGGAUAAAUUAAAAAAAAACUUAACAAAAUAUUUUUUCAAAAAAGAUUUUUCAUUUCAGAAACCAAAAAUACUAUAUUUUUAUGACAAGCGGUUGGUUUCACAUUGUAAAAGUUGUAGCGAAAGGUACAAUACUGUGUUCACUGUAUAAUGAACUAUUAUUUAUGAAAGUGCAUGUUCUGAAGCUGCCAUUAUAAUUUUCAAGUAGGACUUUAAGCAGUAGUCAUAACAAACUAACAUAGAUAGACUACUUGCUGCAGUUUCAGUCACCACAAAUCACUCAAUACAAACCUUUCUCCCUGGCAGUCUACUAGUUACAUACUCUACAUUACAACCUUUACUCUCGUAGUUGGUUACUUAAGUUCUGUGAGGUGGCACUGUUUGUUUUUUGCUCAUAGAUAAAAGAAAAAAUAUUAACUGCAAAGUUUUAAAUAAAUAUAACAGUGUCUGCUUUUUUCAAUGAAAUUUACAUGUAACAUAUAUUUAUCUCUUGAGGCACUAAAACACAGAAAAAAAAUAUUCAAGUGUCAGGAGCACAAACAUGUAUUCCUGACCCUGUAGGGUUAAAACCACCAUCUAGCCACCAUGUCCCCCUCAUGCCUCCUUAAAUAUAGUAAAAUCUUACUUGUAUUCAAGCCUGAAGCUGCAGGCGUUGUCCCUGUUUCCCUUUGACCUGCCCACUGCCUGCUGACAUCAAAAUAACAAACAAAUAACAUGUAACACCAUAUUUUGUUCUGGUGGCUAGAGUGUCCCUUUCAGAUGGGUACCAUAACUAGGAGUCCUUCAUGUAGCAGCCAAAGUUCUUCGAUAAAAAUAAUAAAUUUUUUGCAAAAUAGAAUCCAAUAUCCUUAUCAGAAGAUGCUCCUUUUAUGAAUCCACCAACACUUGUUUCCACAAAUUGUAACAAUAUCAAUUGCUAAAUUGUGUGUCUUUCAUGGACAACCGCUGGUCAGUUUCACUAAACAGUGAACUAUCAAACAAGCAAAACUUGUCAUUCCAAAAAGCCCAGUGAUUCUCCACUGUCUACAGCAUCACAGGCGAAUUGAGUUAUUCUGGGCAAAUUACAAUAAAUAAAUAAGUAUAUGAAAAAUAUAAUUAUAAAGUGUUACCAAGAAAACCGAAACGCUUCUCCCAAUUCAAAGUGCAAUGUGAUCAUAAAUGAAAAAGGUGUCUCUGGCACAAAACUUAGUGCAAAUGCACAAAUAGUGUUAUUGGCACCUGAAAAGUACAAGUGCGAUAAAUAAUAAUAAAUGUCGACAAACACUCACUAGUUUAGGUGUGUUUUCCCAUAUGAAUAUUUAAAGAUGUUUUAAUGCCUCAGGAGUUAAAUAAAUAGAUUUUAUUAAAAAAGUUGACAGCAGUAAUUUUUUCCCCUGAAUUUCGAUGUAAAUAUUUCUUAAUUUUUUUGUGAUGUUCCAUGGAAGGAAAUAACAGACUAGAUUUUCCGGUCACCCAGUGUCCCAAAUAAGCAUCGGGUGACAGACAUAAGUGACUCGGAAACUGAGAAAGGGAGUUCCCGGUGAAUCUGCCAUGGCCCCCUUCCGACACUCAAACCUACCCCCAUAUGUCCACACUCUCAGGGGAUUACCGUGACACCCACACAUUCCAAACACUAACUCUGGAACCCUGUGUUUCCAGCCUAGGAUAGUUCCCUUUACAUAUACAAAUAUAAUAUAAAACAAAUGUGAUAACUACCUGAAGAUUUUUAUCUCCAGAAAAUCAGUCUGAAAGAUUCUGCCAGAACAUUAAAACUCGCAAAGUUUGAGUCAAAAGUGGCAAGUUAGCAAAAAAACUAAAUAGGCUAAUUUCCCAGUCCAGCUAUUUUGUCCUAAAUGUAACAUAAAUUGUAAAGCGCUACGGAAUCUGUUGGCGCUAUAUAAAUGGCAAUAAUAAUAAUAAUAGUAAAUGUAAAAUACUAAAAUAACUAACUCAUAAAACAACUAUUAAAAUGUUAGCCAAUAUUCUCUUUGUAGUACACAUAAUGUUUUUAAGUUGAUUAGAGACAUGAAAUGGCAUUUGCUAUUGUAUGCUGUUAAAUCUCCUACGCACCAUCAGAGUAGGAAUUUUCGAAACUAUGGAAGAUAAAUAUUUGCAAGGCUUUGCGAUGUACGCUCCACCAUAAACAUGACCACCUACAUGGAGCAGCUCCCCCCCUCCCGAAUUACCUGUAUUUUGCCAUGGGGGGGGAUCUUGGUAUCUUUGCAUGAUGACUAUUACCACCAAGAUGUGCCUGUUGGAAUAAUUAUUUCUAUAUUAAUGCGAAGGUACUACAUAUGGUGCUUUCUUAGUACACUCAAUAGUUCUGGACUGGCUAAUGUCAAUUUUGUGCAUAUUCCUAUGCACAGAGUUGCAUUAUUUGGCUAAGAUGCUCUCAAACAAUGAAUGGCUAGCAGGAUCGACUUCCAGCUUCUGUAUAAGAAGCCAGGUGUAGUCACUACCCUUGAGGUCUCCAUUCUCUUGAUAGCCAGUUGUUAGAAAUCUGCCAAGGACCCAGAGAUGUCUAUAUGUUCACCUAAAUCCAUUAAGAUGCUCAUCCUUGGGGAAGAUGUCCCACAUGCACAAUUUGAAAUGUUAUAAUUGGUCUAUCAGUUGCAGCCUGUUGGAAAAUGUAGCUAAUAUAAAAAUGUUUCCUACAUUUUCUGUGAAUUUUAAAUGAAUGUACCUGAUGGUAAAUUUAACAAUUCUCAUCUACCAUGUCCUCCUUUUUUAAGGUGAAUAUUGAUUUUCCAACACGUGAAAUUACACGAAAAAACCUGCAACAUCCAACUUUGUCUUGUUUUGACCUUGCCCAGUUGCGGGUACACAGUCUAAUGGAGAGGGAUUCCUACCCAAGGUUUCUUCGAUCACAAAUUUACAAUGACCUCCUCAGCCACACUCAGAAGAGUCCAUGCUAGUACCUCAUAGCGCCACUCUAGCAAUAAGAAAGAAGUCGCUAGAAAAAGACACUCAAGCUUCAUGCUUGCCCAAGGACUUUCUUGCACUAUGGUCAAAACAAGAGAUGACCAGGAUACCAUUGCUUGAGACAAUAACAGCAUCCCCACUGCCUUCUUGAUGCAUUCCAUAAUUCUAUGGCUUCUCUCAUGUUAUGUAUUGACUAUUCAUUAAAAAGUACUGCCCUGAUGGAAGUGGCAUAGAGGCAAGAGUGAAUGAUCCAGAAAGAAUCAUAGAGGCACAAGGGAAGACUGAAAAGGACAUAGAAAGGCAAACAUUAUUUUCCUAUUUAUUUUCUUAAAAUAAAUCCGGUAAAGAGAGUCUGGAUUCCUAGAACAAACUGUGGGUUGUAUCUAGGCAAUCCUAGUUUCUUUCUGUUCACCAUGGCAAUAUGUACACAUUUGAGUGAUUGUAUGAUAUAGACUGAUUUGCGAGGUUUUUUUUUGUUUUUUUUAGAAUAUUGUAAAAUAUGGAAAGUUCAUGCAUGGUUGGUCCAAGAUUAAUAGGAUUGGACUUUUGAACACAGGGUGACACAGUAGUGAUUACAAAGUUGAAUGUUGGCGGUGAACUUAAACAAAGUACAUUUCAUAAGCUUGAUUCCAAUGGGCAUGGCACAGGAGAGAAGGCGAAUAUAGUGAAUUGGUUAAAUAAUGGAGAGUGUUUGCCAUCACUAGUGACCACUUCUGUGAAUCAUCAGCCCAGUGGCUACUAUGCACCUUGAGAAGUAAAUGCAAAGUUUCAGUAAAUAUGUGUCAACUAUAUUCAAUCUUCAUUAAUCAUUUGUUACCAAGUAUCAUGUGAGUUAUAAAGGGUUUGACUGGGAAUGCUAAUACCCCUGUGUUGCCAAACAUUUCUCUUUUUAGUGUCAAGUAACGGAUACUGCUAUUGCUCAGGUCAAAAGGCAGUGAUCAAUAGGUCAUGAUAGAUAAUAGUUAAUCCAGUGGAAUCCAUUAGUAGUAAGUUUGCCCACUGCCAAUCAAAAAUACACUGCUGUCAGAAUAGAGCACAAAAGACCACGCUGCCACGUAAGAUUGAGUCUAGUAUAUUAUAAUACCAGAGAAAUAUUAAGACUAUAGCAGUCCUGGGAAUCCGUUAGUGGCUCGAUGCAGUUUAAUUUAUUCAAUAUCAAUCUUUCAGUUUAUUUGCAAACUUUUCAUUAGGACAUUUUUAGAUUCAAAAUAUUAAUUUGAAAUUUGAUUAUUGAAUAAAAUAAAUUGUUUUCAAGCCGUUCCAGAAGUGCCAUUCUUUCGGGUCCUGAUUUCCUGCCAAUAGGAGCACUGGGCAUAGAUUUUUUUUUAACACUCAAUUAUAAGAUUUAAGGGUGUUAUAUUUAAAUAAACCAGAUAUCAGUGCACAAUUUAGCAGUUUACUUGAAAACAGAUUGUUGUAGUACAUAUCUAGAACAUGGAUGUAUCAAUUUCUACAGUCGCAAAGUUUCCGAAGAAUGCUGUGCCCUUUUGUUUAGGAUAAUUUAUUUUCAAAAGAAUGUUGUGGCCUUAUAUACAGGGUAGAGUAGUUUCAGGAGAAUGCUGUGUCUUUAUGAUAUGAUGCAGUUUUAGGUGAUUGAUGUGCGCACUUUAUACAGGAUAGUGCAGGAUAUUGCAGACCCAGAAUAAUGUAGAAAAGGACGUGCAGGACCAGAAGAGUGAUGCGUCCUAACAAAAGGAGUGAUGAAGGACCAGACAAGUGUCAAUACCGUAUAUACUCGUGUAUAAGUCGAUCUCAUGUAUAAGUCGAGUGCAGUUUUGUGACAAACAAUUGUGAAAUAUGCUAUGCCUCGUGGAUAAGUCAGCUAUGAAAUUCUGUGAUUUUUAUAAUUAUAUACACACACACUCAUACAAACACACACUCUGCAUUAUAUACACACACACACACACUCAUACAAACACACACUCUGCAUUAUAUACACACACUGUGUGUAUAUAAUGCAGAGUGUGUAUAUAAUGCAGAGUGUGUGUUUGUGUAGUGUGUGUGAACUGGGU